GGCGGGGCUUCAAACGGAAGGUGGCUGUGGUCCGAGCCGAAGCAGGUUUGAAACUGGGGGUUGGGCCCGGCAGUCGUUGUCUGUCGCCGCGGCCCCGCUUCCGGGCUAGGCCGUCUCUGCCCGCCCCCGCCCCGCCUCCUUUCGGACCCCUCAGUCUCCGGCCCGGCUCCCGGUCUGACUCGCGCCCGGCCCGCAGCAGCUCGCUGUCGUCCCGGCCCGCACUGCGGCCCCGCCGCCGCCACCAUGUCCCUGCACGGCAAACGGAAGGAGAUCUACAAGUAUGAAGCGCCUUGGACCGUCUACGCCAUGAACUGGAGCGUGCGGCCCGACAAGCGCUUUCGCCUGGCGCUGGGCAGCUUCGUGGAGGAGUACAACAACAAGGUUCAGCUUGUUGGCUUAGAUGAAGAGAGUUCAGAGUUUAUUUGUCGAAACACUUUCGACCAUCCUUACCCCACCACAAAGCUCAUGUGGAUCCCAGACACAAAAGGUGUCUAUCCAGACCUACUGGCAACAAGUGGCGACUAUCUCCGUGUGUGGAGGGUUGGUGAAACAGAAACCCGGCUGGAAUGUUUGCUAAACAAUAACAAGAACUCCGAUUUCUGUGCUCCUCUGACCUCCUUUGACUGGAAUGAGGUGGAUCCUUAUCUGUUAGGUACCUCCAGCAUUGAUACGACUUGUACCAUCUGGGGGCUGGAGACAGGGCAGGUGUUGGGCCGAGUGAAUCUUGUGUCUGGUCAUGUGAAGACCCAGCUGAUCGCGCAUGACAAGGAGGUCUAUGAUAUUGCAUUUAGUCGGGCUGGGGGUGGCAGGGACAUGUUUGCCUCUGUGGGCGCUGAUGGCUCCGUGAGGAUGUUUGACCUCCGCCAUCUAGAACACAGCACCAUCAUUUAUGAAGACCCACAGCAUCACCCACUACUUCGGCUCUGCUGGAACAAGCAGGACCCGAAUUACCUGGCCACCAUGGCCAUGGAUGGAAUGGAGGUAGUGAUUCUGGAUGUCCGAGUUCCCUGCACACCUGUUGCCAGGUUAAACAACCACCGAGCAUGUGUCAAUGGCAUUGCUUGGGCCCCGCAUUCAUCCUGCCACAUCUGCACUGCAGCGGAUGAUCACCAGGCUCUCAUCUGGGACAUCCAGCAAAUGCCCCGGGCCAUCGAGGACCCUAUCCUGGCCUACACAGCCGAAGGAGAGAUCAACAACGUGCAGUGGGCAUCGACUCAGCCUGACUGGAUUGCCAUCUGCUACAACAACUGCCUGGAGAUACUCAGAGUGUAGCACUGGCGGCGCCUUGCCCACGUGGCAGGGGCUUGUGUGUUUCCUGCCUCUGCCCCGUCCCCAAAGUAAGAAGCAACGUGUUUCUGGUGGCCAGUAUGUCUUUCAUUGCUUUGCACCACUGUUACCAGAAGCUGCUCUAGGAGUUCCUGGCCAGUCAUCCCAUCGCUGUCUGUGCCAGACUCAGUGCUGUCGGCGCCUUCUCAGCCCAGGGCUGAGUUUUAAGAUGUUCUCUCCUUUCCUCUUCUCCUUUGGUUCCUCCAUUAAACUUUUCUAUAUAUUUGUUUGUCAGCUGUUGUGUUAAUGAGCAUUACAGGCACUGGCUGUGUUUGUAUUCAUCUGUCCCAGAUGUCUCUUCUCUGUCUGCUGCCUAAGGCAGCAAUCCGUGUCCAUGUCAUGUUAGCACUUAAGUGGGAACAAUACCAAUUUAGAGUUUUUUCCUCUUAUUAUCAAUGUCUUUAACAAAUUUCAACUUUGUAUAUUUUUUACCUAUCAGGCUAAUUUUUUUAUGAAAAGAAUUUUACUCUUCCUGGUUUCUGCCUUUGUUUCCUAGUCCACCCUCUUAGCACUUCCUCUCUCCCCUCAGUGCCUGGAUCUGGCACUGGGCCCUUGACCCCAUGAGCAGUUUGCCUUCUUGAAUCACUGAGUGCAGCAUACCUGACCAGGAGUCCCAAACCGCCCCGGUGCUCUGAAGUUGGCCAGCUCUCUCACCUUUUCUCAGCCUGCCUCUUCGCAAGGGCAUUCUGGGCUCCAAAACAGACAUGGGAAGCCUUCUGUUACUUCCUCAAGUACCUCUGUCCAACCCCGGUGGGACCUACUGGGAACGUGUUAGAGCUGAGAGAGACGGCAUGCCUGACUUGAAGGGAAUGGUUUCAGGAAAGCUGAGCUUAGAGUACAUUUCCAGCACACAGUUUCCUAGUCUGUUCUUCUCUCCAGAUGUGAGUCUCAGACCAUUUUCUUUCAUGGCUUGAACAAUGGACAAGCACAAUCUGUAAGCUGAUCUUUAUGAUCUCUGUUGGGUUAGUUUGCUGUGACUGGUGGUUGGCCACUCUUGGAGCGCCGUGGGGUGAGAGAGUCCUGCUUGAGAGGCACAUCAUCAGUGCAUCUGAUCCUGAACAAGGUCUCCUGUCCAGUGUGGGAGACCGUCAGCCCCUGGAAGGAGUGGACUAAUAGGCUGUGAUAAUCCCUGGCCGUCAAGUGAAUAGAUAGCUGCAGGCCAGCCAGUUUGUGCACACCUGUUACCUUCCCACCCCAUUCAGGUUCUGAGCAGUAUUGGACUUGCAGGCCGCAGUGUCUGUUUCCGUUAUGUGGGUGAGUUCCAUGGAGGGGGCUUGUGUGUGAUUCCAGUGGAAGAUGAGUCUUUGGGCAGGUGGAGUUUGGGACAUGCUCAGAGCCCGAGGGGACUUAGGUCUGUCGUGUUCUGCCACAGGUUUUUGAGCCCCUCUAAGUUGCGCAUGUGUUCAGUAGGAGAGUCGCAGACCUCAAGGCUGGUGGUUUUGUUUGCUUGGGCUCUCACGUGCGCUUGAGAAACAAAACAGUUUUGUUCUCCUGGGCCCUUAAACUCUUUUGGUCGAGUCCUUCUUUUCCAGAGCAGAUGUAUUUGUAUCCCUAAAGUCACGGCUCUUCGCUUUACUACACGGGGGCUCGUUCAAAAAAGGGGGCUCUUAGUGUAUUUCCCCUCCUUUUUCACUUUAUUAUUCUGGAUUUGGGCUCGUUAGCUUGCCAUCCAUUUGAGGUUGACUUUUCUGCAGUUGCUACCAGAUUUGCUCUGUGUCAUUUGGCAGCGUGAAGCGAGCAGUUCUUGGUCAGAACCCUCCUCUGUUUGCAAUUGUAUUUGCUGGUUCCAGGGUCCUUCUUAAGGGUAGCAAGUCUGAGUUGAUGGUUGCUUGCUUUAGGAGGCCAUCAUGUCCUUACCAUGGAAAAGGGCCUGAAGUGGAGGUCAGAGGUGAUAGGAGGGGCUGGGCCUGCUGGGGCACUGAGUUCUAAGUUAAGAUUCCUGAUCUGCACUUAAACGUGGUCUGAAUGGUGAGAGGAUUUGUCGACCGGAACUCAAAAACAAGGGAAAGAUAUUAGCCAAUAGUAAUUAGGAUAUGUUUGCAUAAUUUUGGUAUUUACUCUGGAAACCAACAACUUUUGGUGGUGGUUUUCCCUUGCCCUGUGGACUCCCUGCCCUCUCACCCCUCCCUAGGCCCUGCAAUGCAGUCCUCCUCCUGACAUCCCACCUGGGGCCCAGGUGAGACUCCCCAGUCUCCCUGAGCAAACACACACACACAGUCACAGUUGCUGAGAUGCUGGUAUUUUGAUCAGCUCUCUUGCCCUCCGUUUUUACCAGAGGCCAGAUGGCCCCAUGACUGAGGGGGGGAUUUCUGUAGUCUCAAGAUUUAGAAAGCCUCUUAGUCAGGCAUGCUCCAGGAAAUGGAGAUCUGUUGUAGUCUCAAAAGCGAGUGUCUAUUUAAUUGGUUUAGAUUUUCAAAUUGACACCAGGAGGGAAUGGGUGGGAGGCUCUGCAUCUGUUGUCCUCUGGUGUGAGAGGAGCAGCGGCCAGGACUUCCCUGGGAAGGCCAGGCAGCAGCGGCGUGUCUGGGCUCUGCUCUCCUGGUGGUGGCCCUUUGAUGUGCUCCUGCACCCUGGGCCGAGGCUGCUUCUGUUUUCCUUGUCUGAGGGGAGGGAGAGGUGCUGAAUAAAUUCGGCCUAAGGUACCACAUCAGAGAGUUGGUGAAUGGGUACAAGUCCUUCAAGGACUUGAGUGUUUACACCCAGAAGAGUUGGAACUCUCUCCUUCCAGGGAGGAAUGAGACAGCAAGUUGAGGACUUGAAGAGGGGAGAUACUUGAUAACUGGGUGAGAAUUUCUUAACAGAACGAGGAUCAGCUCUCAAAGAACUGGUUAAGAUUUGGAAAGAAACAGAAAAAAUUGAGACUCCUACGAGGUUUUGAUGAUAGUUUUGGCUGAAAUUUUCAGAGGAGAUUUAGGAUUUGGGAGAAAGUCAAUGGUAAGUGUUUCUUUAGAUCUAGGGAGAAAAUAUUAAAGGGCAGGAAAGGUCUGAGGUGGCCAUGGAAUGAGACUGUGCCCUCGGCUUGUGUCAGCCUUUCUGGGCCAUUCAUCGGGUAUGACCUGGGUAACUGGGGACAGGAGCCUCUUCCUGCAGUAGUGCAGCCAUAGGUGAUGUUUGGUGGCAGAAAUCUGUAGGUGUUGGGAGUCCCGUGACCAUUCCAAACCAUGGCUUUUCUUGGUUGUAGAUUUGUACAGAGCAGAGGAAGCAGAGGUUAUAACCAGUCAUGCCUACUUUUCUCCCCCUCCUUUUUCUUUUCUCUUCCUCUGGCCUUGCCACCAUGGAACUUUCUCCCUGCUGCAGCCUGGGCCUCGAAUUCUGAGGCUGUAAGAACAGUGGGAGCUGCAGGGUUUACCACACAUGGGAGGGGCAGCUCCGUGUGGUCCUGCCACCUUCCCCAGUUUGAGAAUAUGGCAGCUCCUUUGCCUCCUGGCUUGGAGUAAGGGAGACCAUCUACUUGAAUGGUCUUCCAUUCAAGACACUUCCCUUUACUCUGCACUCCAGGAUGAGGAAGGAGGGUCAUGCCUGGCACUUAGGUUGUGAUUUCCCAGGGAGGAGAGCUAAGCUGAGUAGUCACUGUGAACCCUGGACAAGGCUCUCUGUACUGGCUGGGCCAGCUGUCCAGAGUGUCUCAUGUUGCAGAGCCUUGCCCACCUCUCCCACCUGCACCCUUUUCUCCCACCAUUGUCAUUGCCGCUGGCACUCAAAGUCAAAGGUGUGGCUACACAGUAUGGGCCUGGUCCUCUCAGGCUACUUUGUGGAUAUUAUUUUUUUUAAGUAUGGAAACAUGCAGGUGCCUUCCCAGAGAGGCUUAGACUGGUAUAUCAAACCAGAAACAGCUAAGCUAGUGAAAGUAUGAACUCAAGAAGAAAGAUGUUGGCAGUCUGUGUAACAGCUGGAAAACUCACAAGGACCCACCUUGAGGACAACCCAGUGAAUAUGGACUUGUGGUGUCUGCUGUUUAAGAGAAAUGUUCUCACCUGGGGUUGGCUGUGGUAAUACAGUGUGUGACAAAACUUGGUGACCUAAAGCUUUGACUUGCUUGAGUUGAGAAUGAAUCACUUGCUUGGGUUUCUGUGUAUAUUAUGACCCUGUCAGUGACUCUCCCUCCCCCCCCCUCCCGCCCCAAGUGUGAACUUGUAGCAUGAUUGUACAAACCUCUAUGUAGAAAAUGGAGAUUUCUUAUUCUCUGAAAUGUUAAGCUCUAGCCAAUCAGUUUCUGCCCCCUUUAGCCUAGUAUGUCUGAACUUAAUUUCUUGUUACAUAUUUAAGCUUUUCCUCUAUACUGUAGGUUUUGUGACAUCCCAUGGUCAGGUGGAGAGGAAGCUGCCCCCUUGCAGAACUGUACUAUCACCAUUUUUCUUUUUAAAAUAUUACUAUCACAGGAUUGAUUGUACACAGGGCUUGUAAUAAAAUGUUAACACUGUGCUGUGAAACCACAAUGGUAAAUCUCCAUUGAAGGCUACUUCAAAGACACCUGAAAGUGGAGUGUUACAUCUAUGACUUUAUUUCUUGCUUCCUGAGUAUAUUAAACCUAAUUUUCACCCUUUCAUUCUGUUUCAGCCUCCUGUAUAAGAAGUACCGUAUUUUCUGCCCAUCAUACUUUGUAAUAAAACUUGAACAUGUAUAGACUGAA